ACCGGAAGCGGAUGAGAAACACGGACUCUUUAGAGGGGCGCACAGGCCGCCAUGUAGUGCGCGUUGGUUGCGGAAGAGGCUGCGGUUGUUGUUGUUGUUGAGUCCGGGUCUGGUUCUGGUUCCGACAGCGGGCUGAGAGUUUAACCACAGCGGGAAUAUGGAGGCGAAGUUCGGCAGCGAAGUGGUGUCGAUCGUGGAAGUCGCCAUCCGGGCGACCGUGUCUGUUUUCAGGGACGUCUGGGCGAAAGAGGCGCCAAACUCGGAGUGGGACGAGGCGAAGCUCGGGGAGGUCCGGCAGAUCGAGAAGUGUCUGGUGCUGCAGAUCCACAAAGUGUUCACCGAGCUCUCCUCCGAGCUGCUGGAGGAGAACGAGGCUCUGCGGGCCAAGGUGGAGCAGCUGGAGGACGUGCUGCAGAGGAAAGCCGGGCAGCUGGAGCAGGAGCUGGAGGCCAGGGUGGGUCAGCUGGGCAGAGAGAUGGAGCAGCUGGAGAAGGAGCUGAAGAGCAUCAGUGACGGCAGCAGCAGCACACAGACCCCGGUCCUGCUGCAGGACGACCCGCUGACAGGAGCACCUCCACCUCCACCUGUCUCCACCUGUCCUGCUGCUGAGGAGGACUCCACCUCCAUCCCUCCCCCGGGCAGCACAGACACCGCUCCCAGCUCCACAGACGUGUCCGUGGCUGCACCUGAACCUGAAUCAGCCUCGACGGUUUUCGUCGGCACAGUCGACAGUCAAGCCGUCAGUCAGCCGCUCGCAUCAUCGACAGGUGUCUCUGAAACGACGGGAACAACACAGCUCAUCCUCAAACUAGCAGCAUCGCCCGGGUCUACACCUCAGAACGCCCCGAGUCCAGACUCCAGCCCCGUCAGUGGUGCUGACGUGGCACAGGAAAAGGCGUCUGUGGAAGAGGCUCCUUCAAGGAGAACGAGGGGCACCAGAAGAGCGACUUUUAAAAGUGAAGAAGUUUCCACUGACAACAGUGCUGAAGAGAAAAACGUCAGCUCAGGUGGAGUUCAGCGAAGAAGGCUUAAAAAGACGGAGUCACAAACAGUGAAGCAGUUCUCCUGCGAGCAGUGUGACGCCAGUUUUCAUCGGAAAGCUGAACUGAAGAAACACAUGAAGGUCCACAAGGAGCCGUUUCCGUGUGAGCAGUGUGGCAAAAGUUUCCUCGAAAAGAAGUCUCUGGAAAAUCAUCUUUCACGCCACGAGGCGAGUAAAGCCCCGCUGCCCUUCCCCUGUCCUCACUGUAAGAGAUCGUACAGGAAAGAGCAGUCGCUUCAGAAUCACCUGAAGCAUCAUCAGCGGUCCAAACCGCCGAAGCCGUUCGCCUGCGAUCAGUGUGGGAAAACAUUCAGGAUUCAGCAGUCUCUGGAAAACCACCUGCGUCGCCACGAGAAGUGGAAGCAGAUGUUGAAGUGCCAGCAUUGUGACAAGACUUUCAAGACGUCGGUCUAUCUGAAAUGUCACAUGGCCGUGCACUCGGAAGAAAGGCCGUUCAGCUGUGCUACGUGUGGGAAGGAGUUCAAGAGUAAAGACACGCUGCGCUUCCAUCAGAUGGUUCACACAGAGGCCAAAAAAUACAAGUGCACCAUGUGCGACGAGACCUUCAAAUACGCUCACUCCCUGACCGUGCACAAGAGGAAACACACUGGCAUCACGCCGUUUGUUUGCACCGUGUGCAACGGGUCGUACCGGACCGGCACUGCUCUGAAGAGACACAGUGUCGUCCACACUGGAGAGAAACCGUUCACCUGUCACAUUUGUGGAGCGAGGUUCAGCCUGAACAACAACCUCAAGAGGCACCUUCGCAUCCACACAGGAGAGAAACCGUUCACCUGCCAGGAGUGUGGCAAGAGCUUCUCUGACAACAUCAAGCUGAAGUCCCACAUGCUCAUCCACGGCGCCAGGAAACCUUUCAUGUGCGAUCUGUGCGGGAAGACCUUCCUCUUCAACUGCAGGCUGCUGAUACAUCAGAGGUAUGUGCACGCCGACAGGAAUGAGGAAACAGACGGCACGCAAAGAUUUUCACAGGCGAGAAGGCGGAACAAGUCAUCGGUUAAACCGUUCAGCUGUAAAAUCUGUCUGAAAGGUUUCAGCGCCGCAUGUUCUCUCAAGCUCCAUGAAAAAGGCCACAGUGAGCACAAAGAGUUCAACUGCAGCAUCUGUGGGAAGUCUUUCCACAACAAAUACUCUUUCAGCUAUCAUCAGAGGAGCCACACGGGGGAGAAGCCUUUUGUUUGUGACGUGUGCGGCAAGAGAUUCUUCCACGCCGGCAGUCUGAAGCAGCACGAGCGGAUUCACACCGGCGAAAAACCGUACAAGUGCGACCAGUGCGGCAAGGCCUUCAGAACAGACGGAAACUUCUACAGACACUUACGUAUCCACACGGGGGAGAAGCCGUUUGAAUGUUUGUACUGUCACAGGAAGUUCCACCAGUCCAAUCAGCUCAAGUCUCACCUGCAGGUCCACACCGGGCAGAAGCUCUACUCGUGCCAGCAGUGUGGCCGAGGCUUCUCCGACUCGAGGCAGCUCAAGAAGCACAGCUGUGACGGCUCAUUUGAGAUUUCACCGUUGUCCACUUCCGGAAUCAAUGGCGGUAACUCCUGCCCGCUGUGCUCGCUGUGCUCGCUGCUAGCUGACGCUAAAAUGUCAGAAAACUUUGUGUUUUACUCACAGACUAAGUCUAUCGUGGAGACUGCCGUUAGGACAGCGGCUCACAUCGUCAAUUCAAAAGCAGAAAAUAACUCGGAGGAGUCAGAUGAGAGACGUACGCCAGAUUUUGACAACGUUGUGGAAAUGUUGUCACGGGAGGCGACGAGAAAGAUCGACGCCGUUUUCUCCCAGCUGUCCUCAGUGCUGCACAACGAGAACAAAACCCUGAAGAGUGACGUGGGAGAGCUGCAGAGCAAACUGAAGGCUGUGACCGUAAACUUUGAAAACGCCAGAAAAUGGAGAGAAAACGUCCUGAGCGGAUGCCCCGUCCUGUUCGAGCAGAGCGGGCUGCUCUUCAGCCUGAAGCCGUUUGGAAAGUUAGAAGUGAAUAAGAGUCAUUUAACGGAGAGAGUGACGGGACCAGCGCCUGUGGCUGAGACACAGACCGGACAAGUAGCUGCUUUAAUGUCUUGUCCAGCUGGUGGACAGGCAACGAAGGAGGUGAACUCUGAAGCUCAGGCUGCAGCAGCUGGUAGACCAGACCUCGCUCAGGAUUCUACCGCCACAGACACGACACCGUCCACAAACACUACCAGCCAAAACACACAGGAUGCAGUGAUCAGGGAGAAAGAUGUUCUUGUGUGUAACGUCUGUAACAAAAGCUUCGACCGGCAGUUUCAUCUGCUGAAGCACAUGAACACUCACAAAGAACAGACGGCGCUCGCUUGCAACCAGUGCCCGAGAAGAUUCAGGAACACAGCGGCGUUCGAGUAUCACCUGCUGCGGCACGAGGAGAAGAAAUACGCUUCCUUCAAGUGUCAGCUCUGUGACAAGACGUUCAAAACAAAAAUGCAUCUGAAGACUCAUCAGAUCGUGCACACGGACACAAGGCCGUUCAUCUGCUCCACCUGUGAUAAAAGCUUCAAAACUAAACGCAGCCUGCGAGCUCAUCAGGUCGUGCACACUGUCGAAAAGCCACACAAGUGCUCCGAGUGCGGGGAGAGUUUCAGGUAUGCGUUCACGCUGCACUGCCACAGAAGUGUUCAUACUGGUGAGAACCCGUACAAAUGCACGGUGUGCGGCAAAGCCUUUGUAAAGAGGGACUCGCUCAGGACGCACCAGUCUGUCCACAGAGGGAAAGUGUUCACAUGUGAGACGUGCGGAGCGGGCUUCACCCUCCAACACAACCUGAAGAGACACAUUCGUAUCCACACAGGUGAGAAGCCGUUCAAAUGUAAAGUCUGCGGGAAGAGUUUCAUCCAGGACAACAAGCUGAAAGCUCACAUGCUCCUUCACGGAGCCUCAAAGUCAUUCAUGUGUGACCUGUGUGGAAAGACUUUCCUUUACAACUGUCAGCUGCAGAAACACCAGAAAGUAAGUCACGAAGAGAAACACGGACCGGUCAUCAGAGGACGAGCUCGAGAGAGAGGAAACCGCAGAGUUAUCUACCGACGGGACCGGACCACGGUGGAUCUGACGCCGUUCAGCUGUAAGACCUGCCAUAAGGGCUUUGACACCACAAGUUCACUGAAGAGACACGAGCUCAUUCACACAGGUGAGAUGCAGUACAGCUGUGAAACGUGUGGGAAGUCUUUCUUCUACAAAGCUACGUACGACUACCAUCAGCGGACUCACUCAGGUGAGCGGCCGUUCCCUUGUGAACUGUGUGGGAAGAGGUUCAUCAUCCGUCAGGCUCUCAAAGCUCACAAGCUGCAGCACUCUGGAGAGAAACCACAUAAAUGCGAGCAGUGCGGCAAAGACUUCAGGAUCUACACCAACUACCUCAGACACUUACGGAUCCACACGGGGGAGAAGCCCUACGAGUGUGAAGUGUGUGGAGUGAAAUUCAGGCAGCUCGGACACGUAAAGUUUCACAUGCAGGUCCACACAGGAGAGAGGCCGUACUCCUGCAGCUGCUGUGGACUCGGAUUUUCAGACUCAAGGCUGCUAAAGAAACAUAACUGCACUGGGAGGAACCAGAAAAGGUCACUCACUUCAUCCUGAAGCUGAACACCUGGAGAUAAUAAUGACGAUGCAGCAGUCAUCUCUUUGUUUUCUCGCCUGCUGAUCUUGGUCCUGAAAUCUAUUUACAAACCUGCAUUGUCGGCUGAUUUAUACGUCUGUCCCGUGGUAUUUUCUGAUAAAUUGCGCCUGAAGAAAAUGCUGGCUUUGGAAGUAUCUGUGAGAGAGCAUGAGAGCUAAAGAACGAAACGCUGGCCACAAGUUUAAACUAAAGGAUGACUUACUUACAACAAAAGUGGCCCAACAUUAAACGUGUCAUUUAAGUGCCAACAUAAACCUCUGUGUUUAAUAAAGGUUGUUUAAAAUGACAAAUGUCUUCAGUCUUUUUUCAGUUUUAUACCUCAACUGAAAAAUUUAGGAUUAUAGU